ACAGGAAAGGAUGCAGUGGAUGAGCAACUGGACGCUGGCUAACGUUAGACCUAAAAACAGGAAGGGGGUAAUAUUGUUGCAUUCUAAGUUAUGGAGCUAAGACGGACAAACCCCGCGUGCAAUUGUGUUUUACUAUGUGGAAUAACGUUAUGUCUUAUUUUCGGUAAGUAGUACUCUAGCUAAGCUGAUAACAAUAUGAUUGCUAUAGUUGGUAGCUAGCUAGUUAGUGAGCUAUCCAGUACAGUAGUUUGCAUGCUAGAUAACUGCGAACAUAAUAUGCAUUAGUUAGCUGGCUACUGUACCUAGCUAAACGGCGAUAAUAGUUAGCUUUAGUGCGUGACUUGGUACGAUAGUCGUAUUUCAAAUUAAGGCGUGUGAUGCAGAUAGUAACUAGAGUACCUGCUAGCUGGUUAGGGUCUGAUUAGCUUAGCUUGUUAACUAGGUAGCUAGUUGGCAAAAUACCAAAGAAUAUCUCAAAAUACACAGACGCGAGGUUGACAUAAUGACCUCUAAAUCUAUUGUUUUGGCAUGAUAAGUAAGAAUUUACCUAUUAUUUACUAAAUAUGAUGGAUUCAUAGUACAGCAAGUUAAAAAUAUUUAACUUAGCUUAUGUCAUUUUUAGCAAAUAUAUUUAUAACUAAGAUAGUUCAUUAGUUUAUUUGGCAAUGGGAACAAAUUAAGUAUAGUGUGCGGAACAAGGAAGGAGGUGGGCAGAGCCAUGCACCAACUAGCGAGAUCCUAUUGGCCCGUUCUAGCAUGUAUUUGCAUAUUUCUGUUAGGGAGUAUGUGUGUGUGCAAUAUCUACAUUUGCACUUGAACUCCUUUUAAACAAUGCAAUUUUUAGAAACUUGGCCAAAUGGUCAAGUCUACAAAACUUUGUGCACCAGUGUUGGGGCUAUACCAGUAUCGCAAUGUUUUUUCCAUGGCAAAAAUUAAAACACGAGGCAGACCGACUCUUUGGUUCUUUAAAAACCUGCUGUAUGUAAAAUAUUGUGUGCUAUAGCUUCGAAAAUAAAUGAAUGUGAUUCUGGAUGACAACAUAAUGAUGUUUGCUUCUAACACUAGGGCUGUUUUCCUAAAUAAAUUAAAUCCACUUCGUGCUUUGUUUCCUUGCCACGAUACUAACGAGUAUCGCGAUACUGGGAUCGUCCGUCCCUAAUUGAGCUCAAGAUUUUCUUCAAUGAGAAAAUCUGCAAAAUGUCGGCCCAGUUCCAUCUCGCUCCAUACUCGGACACUGGGCUUCCUCUCCUCGCCAUAUUUGGUGGGGAGUGGAAAUUCCAACCGGAUGCUUUAGAUUUAUACAUCCGGUGAAACAUCUGGCUCCUUGUUCUAUCUGGUUUUUUUUUGUUAAAAUGUCAGCCAUGGUUAUUUUAUCGCAUGAUUUGUGGUCUACUGCACUUUUGAGAUGCCAUAUCAUAUCGCUUCCAAUGGACUUGGUUUCCAUUUGUGUGUUGCUUGCGCAAAGUCUGUGUUGGGUUGAAAUUCAAAGGCUUGCAGGGGAAGUGUCCAGCUGUUUUAUUAUUGCAUUCUGCUCUGUCAGCAUGUUUUUGUCACUGCAUGCCUUCCUCUCUGACCUGGCUCUCUCUAAAUGGAGAAGAUGUUGCCAAAUAUGUACAGAAAUCUGUUGAACAACUCGCUGUAUAAGCUUUAAGCUAUGCGAAACUAGUUAACACAGAUUUGUGUUGUCACAAUACCAGUAUCGCAAUACUAUGAUACCAGAUUUCCUUUGGCAAAAAACCCAGAAGCAGACUUAACUCUAUGGUCCUUUUUAAAACCUACUCUUGUAAAAUAUUGCGUGCUAUAGCUUGCAAAAUAAACAAAUGUGACUCUGGGUGACAACAUAAGGCUAUUAUUUUUCAACAUUAGGACUGUUUUCCUUCAGGUUUUGUUUCCUUUGCUUCCUUACUUUCUUGAAUCGCGAUACUGGUAUCGUGACUACACUAACACAGAUUAUGUUGUAAGAACACAGAAGCGAAUGUCUCUAUAUCCGCUUUUCCGAUAGCUGGAAAUGACUUAGGCCUAGUCCCUAUUUAGAAGCCGAGAGUGGAAGACUUACACUCUCGUCUCUAGCAUUGUAGCCUCAACAUUUCCGAACAGUCCCAUUACAAGUCAGAUUGUUGAAUAAACUUCAUUUGGAUUGACUUUAACUGUUGUCUGCUGAUUUUGUCUUUGUCGGAGGUAAUCUGAGACAAAAUAUCCACAGGGAAGUGUUAUUAGCCCGACUUUCAGUACGCUGGUCUGUAUAUGGUUCUGUCAGUUUAUAUUUUCAAUACUGGCGCAAUUCACAGGGGACGUAAACACUUGCAAAAUAUGUAAACAAUGGCUGACAGUAGCCAAACCACAAACCGAACGUUGCAGUGAGAUGCAAGCACUUCUAGCUGAUUGCGAGGAAACGUGCUUCGGUCGACAACAUUUGGCUAUUGUUUACAUAUUAUGCAUCACGUGCAAUGCGUCGAGAUUGAAAAUACAAGCCGAUAGAGCCAUAUACAGACCGGCGCCCCAAAAAGUCAGGUUAAUAAUACUUUCUUGUGGACAUUUUAUCUUCACUUACUACUGUCAAAAUGACCAACAGCACGGACAACCGGUAAAGUAAGUUGAAAUAUAAUUGUAUUCAACAUUCUGGCUUGAGACUCAUGUGACUUCUUUCAGACUGAAUAGCCAUUGGGUAACCAUGGUAAAAGUCUGAUGUAUUAGGUAAACUUAGGCCUAGCAGCUAUAAAGCAUCAAAGCUUUGAUGUAUACAUUUAAGUGCCUAUAGAGCCCCAAUCCCUCCCAGCUUCUCAACGUUGAAUACAUUAAGAAAGAAACUGAAUGAUGGUUCUUUAUCAACAGGUCUAAAUCUAACAUUGGCCAUAGAGUUGUACACCCCGGCGGAAGUGCUGGUUGAGAAUGGCACCACGGGGAUCCUCAAAUGUUCCUUCAAGUCCAGGGAAGUGAUCAGCAGUGCAGCCACAGUCACCUGGUCGUUUCGCCCGGCGGGAUCCGACGCCGGACACGCCGUUUCCGUGAGUCCUUUCUUUUUCUGAGGUCCAUGAAACUCCCAUGAGCUUUCUCUCAGAACUUCCACCGAGGGGUGUUCUAGCACAACAUGUUUCCUGGUAUUAUUUAGGCCCACUGCCACAGAAAAGAGUGAGGGAGUGUGCGUGUGUUUGUGAGUGGUCCAAUGAAAGGAAAGGAGCCUGAGGAGGGUUGUGUUAUGUUCUAGGCCACUUCUUCCUGACCACCUGCCUCCUUCCCUUUCAUGUUUCUCCAAACUUAAGCUUUGAAUUCAAUGCUCCUUCCCUCCUCUGGUUCAGUGCAAUAUAUAUAUAUAGAUAGUGUGUUAUUAUAGGUAGGAAGCUAGAAAGGAACUGGGUCGUGUUCAUUAGGCACCAAACGGGCUACCUGGACUUGUCCAAUAGGAAACUAAAUGUUUUGUUUCCUGUUGCAAAAUAAAAAUAUUUCGUGGCCAAAUGAACAUGACCCACAAUUCAAUGAGGCAGUAACAUUGACCUGUUUAUGUGGGAAAAGUGUUGAGCCUGACAGAGCAGUUUCUUAAGUUAAAUACAUUUUUGCAAUGCUGGGAUUUGUAUGGUAAUGGUAGGAACUAGUCCCCGUAUUCCCAUUUCCCUCCCCUAGAGAUCUAGCAAGCUGGCUCAUCUUGCCCGUAAUGAUGUGCUUGUAUCCGGCCUUGUAACAGAGUGUAGUUGGAGAGGGAGUCACCAACACCCACACUAAUCCACACAGCUAUAUGUCCACUCUCAUCUUUUAAACAAAAUGACUAUUGAGGAUAUCUGUCUGUCAUGUAAAUGCUAAACAAAUUGCCCAAUCAGUUUGGUACAGUAGCAGAUACGAACAUAACACACAGUAUCAGGGUAAGAUUUGCAGUUUUGCUGUUGCUUGGCAAAAGUGCCCAGUCAUGUAGGUAAGCCAUAAGCAUCCCAACGGUUAAACCUGUUUGCUUGUCUUUCCCAUUUCCUGUUAUGAGUCCUUAGUCAUUGGCUAUGUCCCAAAUGGAAACAUAUUCCCUAUAUAGCCUAGUGUACUAAUUUUGACCAGAGCCCCAUGGGCAUGCUCAGACGUAGUGCACUAUAAAGGGAAUAGGGUGUCAAAUGGGAUGCCGCCAUUGUGUGCAAUUCUUGCACUAUCUAUUUUCUCUUCAGUCAUUCUUUAUAUCAACAUUAUUUUUUCCGAUGUCUUUUUUUAGAUUUUCUAUUACACUUCUGGGAAGCACUACCCAGGGAGCGUGGCUCAAUUCAAAGACAGGGUGAAAUGGGCGGGAGACCUGAACAAAAAAGAUGCCUCAGUCCAUUUAAUCGAGGCGCAGUUCAACGACAACGGCACCUACUCGUGUGCCGUUAUUAACCCGCCCGACAUAUCUGGCACCGCCGCUCAGACACAGCUCAAGGUUGUUAUCAAAGGUAAACUUGCAAAUAGAUUCACAACAGUACAGCAAAACUCAAUUCACUUUUCAAUAGGACCUGACCAAUAUCUCUCACAUUGAAGGAUGACUUGGAAUAAAACAGCCAGAAAAUACAUUUCACCUAACAAACUAACGGAGGGAUUAACAACGUCUUACUAACCAGGGGUUGAGAAACACUCGUACAAGAGAUUCACAAUUUUAACACUAACACUGAUUUAACGUCUCAAACAUUGAACUGGUAGUAUUAGGCCCUAUAAAAUCUGUAUAAUUUGUUUAGCCUAAUUCAAUUUUCACUGAUGUAUUAUGAUAUACUUCAUUUCAUUGAUUCCCUACUAAGUUAAAUAAUUUUUUACAAUAUUGUAUAAGGCCCUAGUAGUAUUUGCACAGCUGUGACUUUGUAACAUAAUUGUAAUGUUGUAUGAUGAUGUUUCGAUGCUUACGUUGUCUUGUUUUGCAGAGUCUCUCCCUCAAGACAACACGGCUGUCAUAGUGGGCGCCGUGUGCGUCAUCGGGCUUAUCCUCAUCGCUGUGGUUACCUGCCUGAUCAUUAAGAGGUAUCAAACCAGCCAUGAAUACGAAGGGUAAGGCAUUCUCCCUUGAAUUACCAUCAAGGUAGUAGAUAGCUUUAAUAGUACUUUAAUAACUUGACUUUGGUCAGUAUCAAUCAUUACACCUGACCAUCAGUAUCUGUAGAGUAUUUUAGGAGGUAUCUAAAAAUGAAAUAUUUGAUCAAACAAAAGAAAUCACACAGAGGAGUCUUUUAUCCUGGUGAUAUACGCUGAGUAUACCUAACAUUAGGAACACCUUCCUAAUAUUGAGUUGCACCCCCCCCUUUGCCCUCAGAACAGCCUCAAUUUGUCAGGGCAUGUACUCUACAUGGUGUCAAAAGCAUUCCACAGGGAUGCUGGCCCAUGUUGACUCCAAUGCUUCCUACAGUUGUGUCAAGUUGGCUGGAUUUCCUUUGGGUGGUGGGUGGCGUGAAAAACCCAGUAGUGUUGCAGUUCUUGACACAAACCUGUGCGCCUGGCACCUACUACCAUACACCUUUAAAAUGCACUUCAAUCUUUUCUUGCCCAUUCACCCUCUGAAUGGCACACAUACACAAUCCAUGUCUCCAUUGUCUCAAGGCUUAGAAAUCCUUCUUUAACCUGUCUCCUCCCCUUCAUCUACACUGAUUUGAAGUGGAUUUAACAAGUGACAUCAAUAAGAGAUCAUAGCUUUCACCUGGAUUCCCCUGGUCAGUCUAUGUCAUGGAAAGAACAGGUGCUCUUAAUGUUUUCUAUACUCAGUGUAAUUUCCAAUUGUGUGCGACGACUGCUCUACUGUCAAACCGUUACUGCAUGCGGUCAAUGGUUCUUGACAAGGUCAAUCAAAAGGAACUUCAUCUCUGCAGAAAUUACGCAUCAGAUGUUCAUAGCUGUCUUUUUUUCUGAAAGCGCCCCUUGCAGUGAUUGGAGGUCUACUUUCAAAAUGAUGUUUUAAUGGACUGUUUGGUUGUGGGGCCUGCCUGAAUAUCUCUUCUUCUCUCUCCUUCCCAACCUCGCCCCUGGCGUGUUUCUGGGUCACGCACACACACACACACGUUCUUAGUCAGCAGAUCUUAACACUUAGCCCUAACUCCGCUGCAUGGGAUAUGGGGGUUGGGUUACGGUGGAUUGUCGCUUAUGCCCUCUCUCUUGGAAUAAUACAGUAACACGUUUGUGAUUAAAAGUGUGUCUGUGUCCGAAAUAACCUUAAAUGAAAACUCAGUCGAUAGACGCGGCUGGACUUUCCAGUGUGUCUGUGUGCUGACUACGUGGGGUUAGAUUGUACCAGCAGUACUUGUAAAUGCCCUAUAACCAUGAAGUACUUACUGACCUAGUAGGUGUCAGAUCUGCUUAGCUCAAAUGGGUGCUCCUGGUUUACCAUGAGAGAUGUGAGUAGAGGAAGUCACGCUAGUUCUGACUAGAAGGUGUUUAGAGGGUAGGCUAAAUGCUAAUUGUAGACAUUUCCCUCUUUUCUACCUGAAUCACAAGAUGGUUUCAAGGUUUUUUCAUGACUUAGGUCUAAUAUAAAGCAUUAGUUGACGCACACCCAAAUAAGUAGGGGAGGUGUUGACUAACGGAAUAGUAAGUCGCAGGAAUGGGCAAUUGGCGGAGGCUCCCCUUUUGUAGGCCUGCGAAUCAAUUUCCCCCCAACACAGGAGGGGUCUCAACAAUGUUGAGAGUUAGAAUAGUAGAAUACACAAGGUGCAAUUUCGUCACUUGCAGUCACUGGCAGUCACUCAAUUAGCCCAUGUCGACUAAUAUUUUUAAGAUGGGUAAGUUUGUCUUGCCAGAUAUCAUAUUAAAAACUGCAAACAUUUUCUCUACUCCCCAUGGCAAAAUGUGUAGAAUUGCAAAAAUGCCCCCAAAAUGCUAGGGCCAGCUAUGACUGCAUGUAUGUAUGAAUGUGGGUACGCAGACCCGCGAGCCACUACGGCCCCUCAUGAUGAGUUCAGAUUUUGUGGCCCCCACCGCCAUCAAAGUUGCCCAUCCCUGAUUGUAAUGGGUAUACAGUAAAACACCAAUGUGUACGACUUUCAAUUUUUUUUUUCUCAUGAAAUUAUCUAGGUUAAAAUAAUUUUGUUUGGGUGGAUAUCACAUUAGAUUUAAAUAGAUACUUUUUUAACACUGCGAUUAAAACUAUGCAUCUAGACUCAAUUCGGAAUGUUUUUUUAAUUAGCCUAUCAUCCAAAUCUACCAUAAUUAUUGACAAAAAUGUAGAAAGAUGAGAGAUAUCCUGUCUGUCAGUGCCCACAGUGGAGGAUAAAAAGCGCAUCGUUAAGCUUGGCUUGUCAUCUAACGUUCAUGUUGUUGUCUGUCACUCACAUGUUACUCAUCCACUACUAACCACUAAUUCCUCCCUCUUCUGUCUCACUGUCAUGUGGCUCUCCUGUUUCCUCUAACACUACCUUCUGAACAACAUACACAUGUUCUUCAAGUCUCACAAAAAGCUAAAUGCUAACAGAGUUUCAAGAUUACCUUUUAGUCAUUUAGCUUACAGGAGCAAUUAGGCCUUGCUCAAGGGCACAACUACAGAUUUUUCACCUUGUAGGCUCGGGGAUUCGAACCAGCGACCUUUUGGUUAUUAGCCCAACGCUCUAACCGCUAGACUACUUGCCACCUCAGAUUCAUUUCUAUCACAUUUUUUAAAUGUAUAAAUUAUAUUUCAUAUUUUAAAUCAAAUGCAUAUAGUUUUUCUAUAGUUUAUCCUACUUUGAGACACUUAAUACAUCCCCUGGUUAGAUGUGAGCCGAGAGAUCUUGUAGAGAGUGAACAAACUGACCUUAUUAUUCAAAAUGGAGGAUAUACAGUGGGGAGAACAAGUAUUUGAUACACUGCCGAUUUUGCAGGUUUUCCUACUUACAAAGCAUGUAGAGGUCUGUAAUUUUUAUCAUAGGUACACUUCAACUGUGAGAGACGGAAUCUAAAACAAAAAUCCAGAAAAUCACAUUGUAUGAUUUUUAAGUAAUUCAUUUGCAUUUUAUUGCAUGACAUAAGUAUUUGAUACAUCAGAAAAGCAGAACUUAAUAUUUGGUACAGAAACCUUUGUUUGCAAUUACAGAGAUCAUACGUUUCCUGUAGGUCUUGACCAGGUUUGCACACACUGCAGCAGGGAUUUUGGCCCACUCCUCCAUACAGACCUUCUCCAGAUCCUUCAGGUUUCGGGGCUGUCGCUGGGCAAUACAGACUUUCCGCUCUUUCCAAAGAUUUUCUGUUGGGUUCAGGUCUGGAGACUGGCUAGGCCACUCCAGGACCUUGAGAUGCUUCUUACGGAGCCACUCCUUAGUUGCCCUGGCUGUGUGUUUCGGGUCAUUGUCAUGCUGGAAGACCCAGCCACGACCCAUCUUCAAUGCUCUUACUGAGGGAAGGAGGUUGUUGGCCAAGAUCUCGCGAUACAAGGCCCCAUCCAUCCUCCCCUCAAUACGGUGCAGUCGUCCUGUCCCCUUUGCAGAAAAGCAUCCCCAAAGAAUGAUGUUUCCACCUCCAUGCUUCACGGUUGGGAUGGUGUUCUUGGGGUUGUACUCAUCCUUCUUCUUCCUUCAAACACGGCGAGUGAAGUUUAGACCAAAAAGCUCUAUUUUUGUCUCAUCAGACCACAUGACCUUCUCCCAUUCCUCCUCUGGAUCAUCCAGAUGGUCAUUGGCAAACUUCAGACGGGCCUGGACAUGCGCUGGCUUGAACAGGGGGACCUUGCGUGCGCUGCAGGAUUUUUAUCCACGACGGCGUAGUGUGUUACUAAUGGUUUUCUUUGAGACUGUGAUCCCAGGUCUCUUCAGGUCAUUGACCAGGUCCUGCCGUGAUGUUCUGGGCUGAUCCCUCACCUUCCUCAUGAUCAUUGAUGCCCCACGAGGUGAGAUCUUGCAUGGAGCCCCAGACCGAGGGUGAUUGCCCGUCAUCUUGAACUUCUUCCAUUUUCUAAUAAUUGCGCCAACAGUUGUUGCCUUCUCACCAAGCUGCUUGCCUAUUGUACUGUAGCCCAUCCUAGCCUUGUGCAGGUCUACAAUUUUAUCCCUGAUGUCCUUACACAGCUCUCUGGUCUUGGCCAUUGUGGAGAGGUUGGAGUCUGUUUGAUUGAGUGUGUGGACAGGUGUCUUUUAUACAGGUAACGAGUUCAAACAGGUGCAGUUAGUACAGGUAAUGAGUGGAGAACAGGAGGGCUUCUUAUAGAAAAACUAACAGGUCUGUGGGAGCCGGAAUUCUUACUGGUUGGUAGGUGAUCAAAUACUUAUGUCAUGCAAUAAAAUGCAAAUUAAUUACUUAAAAAUCAUACAAUGUGAUUUUCAGGAUUUCUGUUUUAGAUUCCGUCUCACACAGUUGAAGUGUACCUAUGAUAAAAAUUACAGACCUCUACAUGCUUUGUAAGUAGGAAAACCUGCAAAAUCGGCAGUGUAUCAAAUACUUGUUCUCCCCACUGUAUGUGCAUCCCAAAUGGCACCCUAUUUCCUAUAUUGUGUGCACUACUAUUGACCAGGGCCUAUAGGGCUCUUGUCAAAAGUAGUGCACUAUGUAGGGAAUAGGGUGCCAUUUGGGACACAUACAUGGUGUGUGUGUGUGUGUUGAUUCGGAGGAGUGCCAUGUUUGCUCUUCAGUGUUUAGUGGACCACUGACUGACAUUGGUAUGAUCUGAAUGUACACAACACUAAUCGCUCAAGUGGGUGACCACAUCUUUGGGGUGGGGAAUGUUGUUUUUCUCUAAUCCACUUCUUUAUUUAUUCUCUUACUUAUUGACCAAUUGAUUGUAGUAUAGGCUAUUAGGUAAACUAAUUGGUUUUUAAGUCAGUUUUAUUAUUUAUUUUUUUGAUGCUUUUUCUUAGUUAAUCAGUUAAUGUCUUCCAUAGGAUAAAAUACUAUCUUUAUUUGAAUUUGCGCCUUGUGCCCAUACAAAUGCAUGCCUUGUUAAUCUUCCAGUACAGUGUCUCUACCCAAUGAAUGUCACUCCUGCCAAGCUCUCCUCCCAACCACUAGGAGCAGUCAUUUAGAAAUGUGCCGCAUAACCCAUGCAGAAUCUGCCCAUCUCUGAUUUGCAUUUUUGUCCCAUAAGUCUUCUCCUGUGUGUGUGUGUCUGUGUCUGUCCAUGUCGACAAUUUCUCUGUGCGCCAAUGCUUCCCGAACUGCACAAAACAAACCUUCUCCUCUGAUUUGCAAACCCCUCGCACGGCGCAAAAACUAGCUGCACCUCAGUGGAGAGUGUGAGCUCCCACGCCACACCCAUGGGAGGGAAGAAACCAGAGUCCAGCUUGGAGGGCUCCAGGUGUAGCAGCCCCUCCGCCCCGGUCCAGGUAGGAGCUACAGUGAGUGACUCAAACCGACCAUCCACACCCACCGUCGCCCAGGAGACACAUACAGGGUGGAGAGGGAUACACUAACUAACUAGAGCUGAGAUGCACUACAUUUUACAUUUACAUUUUAGUAAUUUAGCAGACGCUCUUAUCCAGUGUGACUUACAGUUAGUGCAUUCAUCUUAAGAUAGCUAGGUGGGACAACCACAUACUACAGGCAUAGUAAGUAUCGAAAGAGCUUGGACUAGGAGCUGCCCUCCCGUCGGGGUGGGAGGUCCUAGAGACCAGAGGUGGCAGAAGGGAGUGCUCAGGUUGGGGUGUAGGGUUUGAGCAUAGCCUGAAGGUAGGGAGAGGCAGUUCAUCUUGCUGCUCUGUAGGCAAGCACCAUGGUCUUGUAGUGGAUGCGAGCUUUGACUGGAAGCCAGUGGAGUGUGCGGAGGAGUGGGGUGACAUGGGAGUACUUGGGAAGGUUGAAAACCAGGCGGGCUGCAGCGUUCUGGAUAAGUUGCAGGGGUUGGAUGGCACAAGCGGGGAGCCCAGCCAACAGCUAAUUGUUGUAGUCCAGACGGGAAAUGACAAGUGCCUGGAUUAGGACCUACGCCGCUUCCUGUGUGAGGUACGGAUGUUGUAGAGCAUGAACCUGCAGGAGCGAGUCACUGCUUUGAUGUUUGCUAAGAACGACAGGGUGCUGUCCAGGGUCACUCCAAGGCUCUUUGCACUCUGGGAGGGUGACACUGUGGAGUUGUCAACCGUGAUGGAGAGGUCUUUGAGCGGGCAGGCCUUCCCAGGCAGGAAGAGCAGCUCCGUCUUGUCGAGCUUGAGGUGGUGGGCUGACAUUCAAGCUGAGAUAUCUGCCAGGCACGCAGAGAUAUGUGUCGCCACCUGGGUGUCAGAAGGGGGGAAGGAGAAAUGUAGUUGAGUGUCAUCCGCAUAGCAAUGAUAGGAGAGACCAUGUGAGGAUAUGACGGUGCGGAGUGACUUGGUGUAUAGAGAGAAGAGGAGAGGGACUAGAACCGAGCCCUGGGGGACACCAGUAGUGAGAGUAUGUGGAGCAGACACAGAUCCUCUCCACGUCACCUGGUAGGAGCGGCCUGCCAGGUAGGAUGCAAUCCAAGAGUGUGCAGAGCCUGAGAUGCCCAGCCCUGAGAGGGUGGAGAGGAGGAUCUAAUGGUUUGCAGUGUCGAAGGCAGUGGAGAGACCUAGAAGGAUGAGAACAGAGGAGAGAGAGUCAGCUUUGGCAGUGCGGAGAGCCUCUGUGAAACAGAGAAGAGCAGUCUCUGUUGAGUGAUCCAUCUUGAAGCCUGACUGGUUAGGGUCAAGAAGAUCGUUCUGAGAGAGUUGAUCAGAAACGGCACGCUCAUGUGUUUUGGAAAGAAAAGAAAGAAGGGAUACAGGUCUAUAGUUUUUGAUGUAUGAUGAGUCGAGUGUUGGUUUCUUGAGGAGGGGAGCGACUCGGGCCGUUUUGAAGUCAGAGGGGACGCAGCCAGUGGUCCGGGAUGAGUUGAUGAGGAAUGGGAGAAGGUCUCCAGAGAUCGUCUGGAGAAGGGGGGAGGGAAUGGGGUCGAGUGGGCAGGUUCUCUGGCGGCCAGACCUCACUAGUCGCAGGAUUUCAUCUGCACUACAGCAUUACCCUCGCUCAGAUCUAUUUGUGCUCUUGCCAACUCUAUUGCUGUCAGUCAAGCCAACAUUUGGCUACUACAGCAUAGGGUUUCAAGCUGAUCUCCUUGAUGGCUUCUGUGUCAGCUUGUCAAUGUUCUUUAGUUUUUCAUCCAUCUGAUUUCAGACCUGGAAAACCAGGGUCGUGUUAAGUACGGGAACAUUGUAACAAAAUGUUGACUAUUCUACCUACUGAACAUGACCCAGGUGGACACACUCCCUAACCAAUCACUGGUAUUAAAUUUGUCAUUUGUUUUCAGACCUCAGAAAGUAGUCUAAUGUCGAGAUGAGUGCACGUCCCAGGCCAUCUGUUGUGUAGGUCCAGCUAUAUGCCACAAACUAAAAUCAAUGGAAGAUAUAAGCGCCAUGAAAGUUCCAGAUUUGCAGUGCUUAUCUUUCCCAUUCAUUUGGUGUUGAAGCAUAGCUGGAUUCACACAACCGUUGGCAUGAGACGUGGACUAGGGCUGGGCGAUAUGGACAAAAUAUAAUAUCCCAGUAUUUUUUUUAAUGUUGACGGUAUUUGCUUUAUGAGUAGUGUGUGACCCUAGGGUGGCAACACAUACAUUCUAAGUUAAUUCAAUGGGUCUUUCUCCAUUCUGAUUUGUUUUAUACAGUUCAAUUCAUCUUCAACCAAAAACAAUUUAUCAAUUUCUGCAUUUCCUGCACUCAUUUGAGGUCAUUUCCAUGCUGCCAUGUAGGGCUGCAUGAUAUGGGCAAACAAUCUAGGCCUUAUUCUUAACCAAAUGUUGCAAUUGCGGUUUGAGCAAAACACAUUACAUUUUUACAUUUACGUCAUUUAGCAGACGCUCUUAUCCAGAGCGACUUACAGUUAGUGAGUGCAUACAUUAUUUUUUUAUUUUUCAUACUGCCCCCCCCCCCCGUGGGAAUCGAACCCACAACCCUGGUGUUGCAAACGCCAUGCUCUACCAACUGAGCUACAUCCCUGAGUGAACUGUUGGAAUCAUGGAAAUGGAAUGAUUAUUGUAAUUCUAUAGUUAGAAUAUAAUAGUGCCACUUUGAAUACAGUGUUGUUUGACAUGACACCGAAUGAAAAUGACAGGGAGUAGUUAUUGUGAUAGGGUAGGAACUAAAGUGUUUCCUAGGGGACCAUAUAAUCUUUGACAACAUUGAAUGUUUUCUCUUAGCUACUUCAUGUAGCUAACAUUCACGUAUUCCUCUUUGAUUUAGAAGAUACUGUUGCACAAACAACAUGCUGAUUUAGGUCUACACCAUCACUGGUAUUAUCAGGCUGUAUCGCUAGUUACGUUUGCUCUAUCUCAGUACAUUUAUUAGCUAGCUUGCUAACUAGCGAUUAGCGUUAGCGGCUAACACGAUUUAGGCCAAUUUGCUAAGAAAAGACUAACUAGCCGUUUGCAUAUGUGUUAGAAAUUGCGUAAUUCAAAUCUGGUAUUGGAAUAAGAAUCAAGAGAUCUUCAAUCCAAGCUAAAUUUAUUAUAUGCUAAAUGUAUGUAUGAUAAGUAUGAAGGUUCGUAUAUACGGGUCCACUGAAAUACCUCGCAGGGCACUCAGAGAACUGAAUCCAUUGUUACCGGUUCUUCCUCAAAUACUCUGACAGAGAGAGAGAGAGUUCCCACCUCUCUGCUGACCAAUCAGAGUAGACUGAGCGUGGUUUAGACUUACUCAGCCAAUCCGUUGGCGCACGGGUUGGUCCCAACCCCUCGGCGCUCCAUUUGUUGCACACUGUUGCCAGGCAUAAGUUUAUCAUAACAACCUGUGGAGUUAGCACUUUUUUUGCAGUACCCAUGUCCUUGGAAUGUUCACAGAUCACAAAGAAGCAGUGUUCAUAUCUGUGAGAAAUACAAGUCUUAUCUAUAAGAAAUACAAGUUUUAUCUCAUCCUAGCCCCUAACGUUCCUCACAUGAAUCACAGCCUGUUAUGUGAAACAAUUUAUAUCAGUAUAGUUCAAACCUAUGCUCCUCUUUAAUGCAUUCCUUCUAAGCUAUUCAUCACUUCAAUCCAAUUAUUAGAAAAUAGAACCUCACAAUCCCCCUUUUCACACCCACUGGGUGUGAACCCAAAAUAAGAAAACACAGGGUGUCAGUCAUUAAAAUACAAUACAAACAAAAAUAAUCACACUUUUAUUAAGAGGCCAUAAUGAUACUAAAAAAUAAAAACCCUCAGUCCUUCCAUCUACACCCAACUUGCAAACGGUUGGCUACAAGUCACCCAGGAACUUCAAACCUUCACAUAAGGAAAGACAAACAUUCACAAUGGUUAACUUGAUUAAUAAAGCAUAAAACACAGGAUUAAUAGAACACAAAACAUAAGAUUAUUAAAACAUAAAACACCAACAGGGAAGUAAAUUUUGGCCCCCUUUAGACACCCUCUAGAGUGUCACUCCACCAAGCCUGGUUUCAUUCCUUAGGUCGGAGUCCGGGAUUGGGCCGUAUCUCACCAUCUGUUGGGAAACCACCUUCUCCAUCUCCUUUUCUCACCAACCCUCAGACACAGGAAAUAAGACAACAUCCACAAAGAACAAGUAUACCCAUAGAAGCUAUAACUUCACCCAGAAUAGUUACAACAAUAGUUUUCCAUUUACCAAAUAUGUUAUCAAACCAACCGUUUUAUGGAGCUAUCAAUACUAGAGUUCUCAGCCAGUUCGUUCGCCAGCGUGGUGAUGGUCACGGACCCGUCCGGUGCUGUAUUGUUUGGGUGUGAAAGUACAGCACAUAGAUCCAAACAGAACACAAACCCCGUCCCGCUCAGCCAAAAGCAUAUCUAAAGCUAUUCUAUUCUGCCAUGUCAUUAAGCUAGUUGCCGCUGUCUGCUCAGCUAAUCCCUUUAUUGCAUCACGAGUGUGGUUUAUAAAUCUUUAUAAUUUAUCCAAUCUACGUUUUUAUUUAUUGUUGACCACCAGAAAAGACUUGAUUCAAACCCAGCUGCGAUCUGAUUCCUAGCUUUAAAUUGUUCUGGAACCCCUCGAGGUACUCCUAUCCCAUCAAUAUAUAUAUAUCCUUUCAUCAAAGGAUCCCGGGAGGAGGUCCUACUUUCUACGUGACAACUCACCAGUCUCUGACACGUUUGAUUGUUUGCGCAUGUAGGUGAGUUCACAAUCUGUUAUCACCACACAACCAUCAGAUGUCAGCACGGGCCUGGUUUUGGUUCCUAAAAUCCUCUGGCUGCAACAAAGAGGAGAGAUUAGUCAUGGUCUCUUUUAGUUGUGACAUUCUCUGUGUGGGAGCAGGAGCUAAGAUGCCCUACCCUGUAUCCUAUCUUAUUAGUCCUAGAAAAACAAUAAGAAUCCCCUGUGACUUCAAACGGAGGCAACCCAGGUCGGGAUGACUUUGUUAUCGGGGGAAACAGAUAGUGCAAGUUACCAUAAGACUCCUUAACACAUUCCCAGGUGGCUUGAACAAUUUAAUAAUGGAGGAUAAACCUGACAGAGAGUCAAAGCCUGUCAAGGGGAACGGAGUAGUUGUUAACCUUGGUUUGGCCCCGGUCUCACUACCUCCCUCAGAGAGGUUUACUCUAUAGGGUGCCCCAGUUGAAGAGGAUAUCUCACUUGUUCAGGUCUGUAACCUGUUUUAGCCUAAUUCAGACUUUCAGACAGUACCUACCCUUAUAUGGAUCGCACUGCCAUUUCUGGUAAUUCCCUACUUUCACAAUACUACACCUGUCCCUAAACUGUGUAUGGAGAUUGACAUAUCCCCCCCCCCCCCCCCCCCCCCCCCCCCGCUUGGUAUGAGCAACUGCAUAGUCCCAGGAUGUACAUGGUGACAUACAUAUGGUGAUGUCCUUCCCUAAAGUCCCUAGUACUUCCCCUUUCCCUACGUCUAGCUGUCUCCUAUGCCUUCGUAGACUGUGCUCAGGUAUUAUUUUAUCAACUUGUGUUAGGUUAACUACUACUUCUGGCUGAUCAGGAGGGUCUGAGUGUGCUAGGAAUAUGGCCCCCACAAUCAGACAGCUACCUACCGUCAGGAGACCUGUGAAUCCCCACCCUUGCCCUGAGAACAUGUCAGACGCCAGAGGCCAACCCAUUGCUUUACCUUCUAUCGAACUCACACAGGGAUGAUCAGACAGGGUAAGGGAAUCUUCGUUAAGUAGCCAACCCCCGAGUCCUAGUGGUGAUCGGUUCUUUCUCCUAACUCUGUGUUUGUUCGUCAGGUGUAAUUGGGUUUACCUUUUUGCAGUGUGUGACAUGCACCCAGGUGGAUCUAAUAGGACUUGAUAGGGCCCUUCCCAACAGGCCUGCUUCCAGUUUUUCUUCUUUUAGGGACUGGAUCCACACCCAGUCUCCUGGUUAGAUAGUGGGUCACCUUCUCCUUUAGUUCACCUGUGGGGCACAAAACCUCUGACAUACGGGUGUGGUUAAUAAACUAUCUUCGCACAUACAUGUUCAGCUCUCAAUUUCUAAUCUUUUUUUUUAAAAGUAUUUUGUCAUCUCCUUCGUAUAUAUUUAUUAUUUAAUCCUACCAUCUCCUACCAUACCAUCCAUCCCCCAUUUGACACAUGAUUUGCCCAUGUGUCUAUUACCACCUACCUAAACAAUCACUUAGGUAAUAUUGGUAAUUCAUUAUCCAAUUGCCAUCCCUCCACUCUAUCUUCUGUUAUUUAAUGGUUCAAAUCAAAUAUACUAUUACCAAAUUAUAAUCUUCUUCACAAUUUUCACAGUACUAUAAAUUACCCUCAACUUAGUUUAUUUUACUAUCUUAAAGUCCUCCUCUCAUGCCUUUAGAAUUUACUAGUGUGGAUGAUUAAUUAACACCAGAAGGUUAAAACAGAGUUCAGAGGCAAUUGAAAUUAUUCAAUGAACUGUUCCAUCCCAUAGUAUAACCAACAUUACCAUUAUUCUAAUUAUUAAUUCUAAAUAUUUCAUAAAUGUUAGUUAUCCCAAGUGUUCAUUAAGUCCUACAGUUAUUAUCAAUUCAUUCUCAUAAGAAAUCAUAUAUACCCCAAAACCUAAAAAACUCCAUAAAAUUCACUGUGUGUGUUCCUCUAAGACCUAUCACCCUUGACCUGCUGAAAACCCCCCAAAAUUGAAACAACAAAGCUUAUAAACAUAAUACUAGGUGUGUUGUUUUUUGUUUGAAAAACCCAAUUUGAAAAACAACCACAAAUAGCCAGGCCUCACUUAAUUUGGUAGCUCACUUUUAUGACCUAAAUACUGCCUAACUGAGAUGAGCUAAUCUCUUUCUCCUGGUUAUAAUCUAAAGAUGGUAGUACACACAAAACAUGAUACAGAUAUCCCCAGUCUUAACCCAUCAAUAAUUGUUUGGAUCAAUCUAAUUCCUCAUAACUAAUCCAUAAAACCACUCAAAAUUCCUCGAGUAUACAAUGAUUAUUUAAUUGAUUACCCUAACUCUGCUACAUGUGAUCUCAUCUCAAAUGAUCCAUUAUCAAUUAUUUGUUCAACCCCCUAGGAAAAUCUGUCUCCCCUUCUAUUGUUCCUGUCCUCCCUGUAAAUGUCAUAUUUGAGUUUUUAGCCAAUACAAUCACGGUUACAUCAAAUGUUCCCUCAUUUAAUGGUAUUUUCUUCCUAAUAUAACUUCCCUAAAUGAGAUUAAAUCCCUUGCUUUUCCUCUACUAUCCUUCUAUCAUUACUGGAUCAAUGAUAAUAACUGUAAUAACUAUCCAUAAUAAUUGUAAUAACUAUUUCACAUUAAAUUGUGCCUUUUUUCUGAUAAUGUUAUAAUUGUAGCCUACUCCAUCACUUUAGUUUAAAAUAUAAGUUUGUUUUAUGUAACAAUUCCAGAACCCACCACAGGCUGGCGCUAUUCCCCCAUCUGCGAUUCUCUCAAAGUAAAUACUUUCUUUUCUCACAACCAGCCACGUCAUCACGCCACGUCAUCACCCCCCGUCUAGCCAGCCCUUCCGUCUCAAACACCCUAGUAGCAAAAAUAAAACACACUCUCUAACAGCGUUCUGCAUUUACCUCUAUCAUCGGGUUUAAGAACUAACGUAACAACAUUAACUAUUCUCUAUUGCUGUAGUAACGUCUUGUUUGGUUCAGUUUAUUUAUUACGGAGUGUCCAUAAUACUAUAAUAAUACAUAAUCGAAUUCCCCUCAUGCAUACAGAUUUCACCUUAUGCCAUUGAAAUGCAAAAUAAACCAUAAUAGUUCAAUGGAGCCCCCUAUUGGCUCUCCCCUACCUAUACAUUACUUCCAUAACCACAUUAGUUAUGGUCCGAUUAGCCAUUAAACCUUAUCACAUGAUCAAACAACGCCACAACCCUAAACUCAUAUGGGGCGGCAGGCAGCUUAGUGAUCAAUAGCGCCGCGCCAACAACCGAGAGGUCACCGGUUCCAAUCCCCGAGCCGACCAGGCGAAAAAUCUGCAGAUGUGCCCUCAAGCAAGGCACUCAACCCCAAUCGCUCCUGCAAGUCGCUCUGGACAAGAGCGUCUGCCAAAUUACAAAAAAUGCAAAUGUGAAUAUUCUCCACUUUCCCACCCAUGACGUACGUCUACGUUCGGGUGAGCAAGUUCAGAAUAUCCAUCGUCAGAAACCCCCAGGCACCUCUCAAAUAAUCACCCCGUGGUGUUCCCAGCCAACUCCCAGUCUUUCCUGGCUCCAAAAGCCACACUUUCGCUCUCUCCAGCCCCUCCCCUCGCAACUCUCUCUUCAGCUUUUGAGGAGCUGUGUUUCUUGUUAGUGUUUCCAAUAUUCUGUCGUUAUUUAAGGUACUUUAGUCUAUUUAUUUAAAUCAAAUCAUUCCCACCUAAAUAGUUAAAGUUGGUGCACGUUUAUAUUUAAACGAUAAACCGAAUUAUUUCAGUCUAAUUGUUUAACCAGUAUUUUGCAGGGUCAAACAUCAAACAUUACAUCAAAUAAUCAACAAAAAAGCCUCAACCCAAGCACCUAUAACCAGAAUUAUGCUAUGUCUAACACCAAACGGCACAGUUCAAACAUAUCAGCUCAACCGUUUCAGUUCAGUCACACAAUUCAUCACUUUAGCUUUAUGUUCCCAAUUGUUUUUAACGGGUUAUAUGGUUUAAGCAACCACAAACCCAACAGUUAUCCCAAAAUUAUACAGUUUGGACAGCCACAGACGUUUUAAUUCCCAAUUAAUUUUCUAUCAAGGUAUACAGGUUUAUCAUUCACACUCUCAUGCAUACGACAACAACCGCACUGUCUAACUUUUAAAGUACCAACAAUAGGUACGUUGCCACGCCCUUACCCCUUUCGUUUAACCUACUCUAUUUAUUAUGUUCCCAUUUACACCCUAUUGGUGCAAAGACAAUAAGUUUAUACUCUCUACUAAUUUGCAGUAUCUCACUUAUGUUCCCAUUUGUACCCUAUUGGUUCAAAGACAAUAAGUUUAUACUCUCUACUAAUUUGCAGUAUCUACCCAUGUUCCCAGUUGUCCCGGCCAAUACCUAAGUACAACGACAAAUGGCGAUUUAUACUGUCUUCUAAGUUUUUAGGAGUGCUGUCGUAUGAUCCCAACUAUAUUCAAACUAUGUUCCCAAUUAUAUCCAUCCCAGACCGAUACAAUGACAAUAGAUUUUUAUAGAAUAUAGUGACAAAUAGCGUACACACUCGAGUGCUGUCCUAUGAUCCUAACUAUAUCCAGACUAUGUUCCCAAUUAUAUCCAGCCCAGACUGAUACAAUGACAAUAUAUUCAUUAGUCUAUGUUCCCAAUUAUAUUCAGCCUAGACUGAUACAAUGACAAUAGCUUUUUAUGGAAUAUAGUGACAAAUAGCGUACACACUUUUAUCCAAUAAUUCCCUAUAUCCCCAGCCCACCCCCGGUGGUACCUAGUCUGGGGAUUUCAGUAUUUUCCCAGAACCUCUCUUCUGUGGAACAAUACUCAAUAUACCAUGGCUUUUAACCCUCACAUUUAUCAAACAUUUUGCAUUUUAUAAUAAGUUAGUAAACUAAAAUUGUAUCAACAUGAUUUCAUAAUAGAGGUCACUUACAUCAAACAGGUGUUUCACAAAAUUAAUUUGGAUAAAGCCAAUAUGCAGAACUUUAGUUAUAUAAACAAUAGGUGUCUGCUUACCUGUGUUUUUAGAAGCCCGGGCACUUUGUGAAACACACGGUUCGACGACAGCGAUGUCCAAUAGGCUGGAUGAAUCCCAGCGAAGUUCCGCUACCAGAUCACAGUCGGAGGUCACCAAUUGUUAGAAAUUGCGUAAUUCAAAUCUGGUAUUGGAAUAAGAAUCAAGAGAUCUUCAAUCCAAGCUAAAUUUAUUAUAUGCAAAAUGUAUGUAUGAUAAGUAUGAAGGUUCGUAUAUACGGGUCCACUGAAAUACCUCGCAGGGCACUCAGAGAACUGAAUCCAUUGUUACUGGUUCUUCCUCAAAUACUCUGACAGAGAGAGAGAGAGAGUUCCCACCUCUCUGCUGACCAAUCAGAGUAGACUGAGCGUGGUUUAGACUUACUCAGCCAAUCCGUUGGCGCACGGGUUGGUCCCAAUCCCUCGGCGCUCCAUUUGUUGCACACUGUUGCCAGGCAUAAGUUUAUCAUAACAACCUGUGGAGUUAGCACUUUUUUUGCAGUACCCAUGUCCUUGGAAGGUUCACAGAUCACAAAGAAGCAGUGUUCAUAUCUGUGUGAAAUACAAGUCUUAUCUAUAAGAAAUACAAGUUUUAUCUCAUCCUAGCCCCUAACGUUCCUCACAUGAAUCACAGCCUGUUAUGUGAAACAAUUUAUAUCAGUAUAGUUCAAACCUAUGCUCCUCAUUAAUGCAUUCCUUCUAAGCUAUUCAUCACUUCAAUCCAAUUAUUAGAAAAUAGAACCUCACAGAUGGAAGAAACACAAACUUGUAGUGUAAUUAUAGAACGCUAGUGGAUUUAUAUUAAGAAGCAAAGUGAAAACAUCAUCGUUGUCAUCAACAUUGUUACUUGUGCUUCAUUGACCAUGCAGACUGAACGCAAGUAUCUCGUGGUCAAGCAACAACAAAUGCACUCCUUGAGUGACAGGGGCCGGGGCUAGGUCUGUGUGGAAAGCGUAAUGGAGAUAGAGCGGAGAGGGAUGACUCAAGUAGCGGUGUAAACUAUAAAAAUGGAUGUUACACACGGUCUUUCACAUUUAACAAACCAAACAUUCAAAUACUGUUAUAGAAGGUAAUGUAAAAACCCAAAUUGGUCCGUGCAUCAAAACGGUAUAUAGUAAAAUACGGUAUACUGCCCAGCCCUAAUGUGGACUUAUCUUGAAGUUGGAUAACUUUUAAGGUCUGAAAACAUCUGACAUGCUUUGAUUUUGAAGUGUAAUGUCCCUUUUAAGUCUAAGGUAGAGACCCCUAGACAUUGUGGCCCUCAAGUACUGGAGGCGGAUACCCCUUCUCUGCAGACUGACUUCAGUGGUCACCAACCCUGGGCCUGGAGCAGGCUUUUGUUCUAGCCCAGCAGUGACCCACCUGAUCCAAAUAAUCAUAAAUUGUUAUUGAAUUGAUUAGGUGUUUUGGUGCUGGACUGAAACAAAAGCCUGCACAUCUUGUAGCUUUUCAGGACUAGGAUUGGUGAUCACUGAACAACAUAAUACAUUCACUAGUAAUGUGUGAGACCUCUCAUUUAGGUUGAGCUCUAAAUGCUUAUGUCAACAACAGCAGGCCGGAGCGUCACGGCAUACCCUUUUGCAAAGCUGCUGUUGCUGACAUAAGCAUGCAUAGAUGUUCAUGUAGUGCAUAUGAAGGUGUUAUGCAUUGCUUAUGAAUGUUCAUAGGAGGCCUCUGAUGAAACUGAUAUUGCAGGCCUAUGUCUGGGAAAAGAAUAACCUUUUAUUCUUUCUGUGUCUCUGAGGGUGUUUGUUUGCGGUCAACUUUGCCGGUCGACUGGUUUCGUUUGCUGAUCUUGUGACGGACAGAAAUGAGAGGCGCCUCUCAUUUGUUGUGUUACAGCCUGAAUUUAAAAUUUAUUAAAUUGAGAUUUUUUGGGUCACUGGCCUAAACACAAUACCCCAUAAUGUCAAAGUGGAAUUAUGUUUUCAGAAAUGGCCAAUUUAAAAAAAAAAAAUGAAAAGCUGAUUGUCUGUAAGGUCCAGCAGUCGAGCAGUGAAUUUCAAACACAGGUUCAACCACAAAGACCAGGGAGGUUUUCCAAUGCCUCGCAAAGAAGGGCACCUAUUGGUAGAUGGGUAAAAAUGAAAAAAGCAUACAUUGAACAUCCCUUUGAGCAUGGUGAAGUUAUUAAUAACACUUUGGAUGGUGUAGCAAUACACCAAUUCACUACAAAGAUACAGGCGUCCUUCCUAACUCGGUUGCCGGAGAGGAAGGAAACUGCUCAGGGAUUUCACCAUGAGGCCAUUGGUGACUUUAAAACAGUUAGUUUAAUGGCUGUGAUAGGAUAACUGAGGAUGUAUCAACAACAUUGUAGUUACUCCACAAUACUAACCUAAUUGACAGAGUGAAAAGAAGGAAGCCUGUACAGAAUAAAAAUAUUCCAAAACAUGCAUCCUGUUUUGCAACAAGGCACUAAAGUAAUACUGUAAAAAAUGUGGCAAAGCAAUGAACUUUUUGUCGUGAAUACAAAGUGUUAUGUUUGGGGCAACACAUUACUCUCCAUAUUUUCAAUCAUAGUGGUGGCUGCAUCAUGUUUUGGUUAUGCUUGUAAUUGUUAAGGACUGGGGAGUUUUUCAGGAUAAAAAAUACAUGAAAUGGAGCUAAGCACAGGCAAAAUCCUAGAGGAAAACAUGGUUCAGUCUGCUUUCCACCAGACACUGGGAGACAAAUUCACCUUUCAGCAGGACAAUAACCUAAAACACAAGGCCAAAUAUACACUGGUAUUGCUUACCAAGAAGACAGUGAAUGUGGCAGAGUUACAGUUUUGACUUAAAUCUACUUGCAAAUCUAUGGCAAGACUAAAAUGGUUGUCUAGCAAUGAUCAACAACCAAUUUGACAGAGCUUGAAGAAUUUUGAAAAGAAUACUGGGCAAAUGUUGCACAAUCCACAUGUGGAAAGCUCUUAGAUUUACCCAGGAAAACACACAGCUGUAAUCGCUGCCAAAGGUGCUUCUACAAAGUAUUGACUCAAGGGUGUGAAUUCUUAUGUAAAUGUUUUCACUUUGCCAUUAUGGGGUGUUGUGUGUAGAUGGGUUAGAAAAAAAACAUAUAUUUAAUCCAUUUUGAAUUCAGGCUGUAACACAACAACAUGUUAAACUGUAAGUCAAGGGGUAUGAAUAUUUUCUGAAAGCACUAUAUUUCCUAUGAUUUUCACGUUUUUUAAAUUAGUUUAGACUUGUGUGAUUCUUAGAUUAGUGCUCAGUUGCGGUUGAAAUUACACCCUGAAGAUGACAAGAGCAGCCCAGAUGUAGUUCCGGGGGGGAACAACAACAAUCUGGGCUGCUCUUGUCAUCUUCAGGGUAUAAUUUCUACCGCUGACUGAGCACUAACAAUCUGCCAUUGUUACAGGCUUCCAUCUGCAGUCGGCCGUUUGAACUUAACAGCUGAACCAGUGUGACGUGUAUUUUUACUAACACAGUUUUCCCCCCUCCCUUUUUCCUGAUCUCCCCACCCAUCCAUAUGUUCAUCACAACAGGGGCCGCUGAUAUACGCCCAGUUGGAUCACUCGGGCACCAAGAACCCCAACUCAUUCCACAAGAUGGAGCCAGUGGUCUACGCUGACAUAAGGAAAAACUAA